UGAUUUUCGUUAUGCGUCCAUUUGCCAUUAGCGUUAGUACGUUAGUAGUAUUAGUACUUCUUUGGUUGUGUAGAGAAGCGUGCAAACACGUGCGAGCAUAAUAAUGGCCCAGAAUAUUUACGAAAAUGAACAAAAAAGGCUUCAAAUGCUAAUGGAUGAAGCUUUAGCUGAGAAUAAUAGUGCUCAAUUUCAAGAGGAGGUUUUAGAUAUGAGCGAUGAAGACUUAUCUGAGCCCUUUGGAGAUUAUUCCGAAGAUGACUAUUUAUCUAGUGAUUUUUCGUCUACAGAUUCGGAAGAUUAUGAACCAGUUCGCAAAAAAAGAAAAAAACAAGUUGAAAGAACAGAUAUUUUGAAAAAGAAAUAACCUAACACCAAUCAACAAAUAGGGUCAAUAUCACUCGAUAUGCCAUCCACUUCAACGGUUGAUCAAACUAUAGAGGAAGUAGUAAAUCAAGCACAUCAAAACCCAGAAUUAUCUGACCAUUCGGAGCCUGAUGAGGAUUCUUCUGAUGUUCCUGGGGAUCGUGGUAUUGGUAUGGAGCCCCGUUACUGGAAUAAACCUAAAACAAUUUCAAUUUUCUGAAGUAAACCCUGGAAUUCCUGCAGAGAUUCUCUAUGAAUUUAUUGACAAAAGUCCGUAUGAAUAUCACAAGUUCUUUUUGACUGAAGGCUUCAUUCAGCACAUGGUGACAUAGAAAAACAGGUAUGCACAACAAACGCUGGAAAAUAAAAACCUCUCACGAAACUCUCGGCUUACAAAAUGGAAAGAUUUAUCUGCAAAGGAAUUUGAGACUUUUCUGGGCAUUAUUUUUUGGAUGGGUCUCAAUAAUACACCAAAACUAUCUGAUUACUGGUCACAACAAAUUUACUUAUGAGAAUAAAGUAAAAAAUUUAAUGUCCAGAAAUCGUUUUGAGCUUAUUCUACGCAUGUGGCAUUUAUCAGAUAAUAAAGCAUGCCCCGAAGGUGAUCGACUCUUUAAGAUAAAACACCUUAUAGAUUUAUUAUUGGCACGCUUUCAGGCAGCAAAUAUACCCAAAAAAGAAAUUUGCAUAGACUUUGUACCUUUUCGAGGAAAACUUGCCUUUAAGCAAUUUAUAAAAAAUAAAAAACAUAAAUUUGGCAUAAAGGUAUAUAAAUUGUGCACUGAAAAUGGUUUUACUUAUAACAUGAAAGUAUAUUGCGGUAGAGAUGUCCAGCCAGGAGCACCAGCAGCUUCAUCUGUAGUAAUGGAGUUAAUGGCUAAUCUUUUGGAUUCGGGAAGAAUACUUUACACAGACAAUUUUUACACCAGUGUCCAUCUUGCCCAUCAAUUAUUAGAACAUUCUACUCAUCUUGUUGGCACUCUAAGAAGUAAUAGGAAACUAAACCCACAAGAAGUUAUACAGGCCAAAUUGAACAAGAAUGAUACCAUUUCUCGAGAAAGCAAUACUGGAGUAGUAGUCCUUAAGUGGAAAGACAAAAGAGACGUACUGACGUUGAGCACUAUUCAUGACAACAGAAUGGUCGAUAUUCCUAAGGAGAACGGCACAAUUACUCAAAAACCUCAAAUUGUGGUGGAUUACAAUCGUAGUAAAGGUUUCAUUGAUAUAUCAGACCAAAUGAAAGCCUAUUCAGCUGCACUCAGAAGAGGGGUAAAAUGGUACCGUAAACUCGCAAUCGAAUUGAUAACAGGGUCGGCUCUCAUAAAUGCACACAUUCUUUACAAAAUAAUUAAAAAGAAAAACAUAAAAAUAACCAGUUUUAAAGAAGAGGUUACAAUGGCUCUAUUACAGUCUGAAAUUUCCGAAACAGAAAAUUUACCAACAGAAGAUUAUUCUUUAAACCAUAUGGAUGCAAGGAGAAGAUUUGGAAGGAAACAUGCAGCUUUAAAAGCAAAACAAACUCCGUAUAAGUGCGAAAAAUAUAAAUCUUAUUUUUGCGUAGAAUGUUUUUUUGUUAAACACAAAUCAUUUAAAUUAUAAGUACUAUAUAAAA